AUGAAAUUUAUUGUGGUCUACCCCCUCCACCUAGCUGAGAAUCAAUGCUUCAAGCUCGUGGAGCCCACUCUGAGCAUUUACGCAAGAGCUAAUGAAUUCCGACAAGAGCGUCACAUCUCCUUGGAGCAGUGUCGGGAAUCGUGUGUUGAGACGCCGAGUUGCCAGGGCCUCGCCUUCUUCAAACGGUCUCGACGGCAUUCCACCGGCCUCUGUCGUCUCUUCCGUGGAUCAACAGACGCCGACGUCAAUGACGACCCAGACAACAGCGCGCAACUCAUCAACUGCGGGGAAAACUGUCGUCUUGAGCAAAAUGAAUGUAAUCUUGGUAAACAAUUGCGUGUUUAA